CCAGCAGUCAUUGGUCAAUGAGCGGUGUUACAAAACAACCAACUCCACGUGAGAAAAUUGUGCAGCGACAGAAUUAUCAAAAGUGCAUUUGGUUUCAUGUGUUCGGGAGUGUAUGCUUCAUAUUAGGUUGUUUUCUACGUGCUUGUACAACAUCAGAAACAGCAGAAGAGCGCUGCUCCUCCGUGCCAUCAGCGACCCAAACACACUCCCACAUUAUAUCAGCAUGUCUGCGAACAAGCGCAACCUGAAGCGCCAGAGAGAGUCAGCGGACAGCGCCGGGGGGAAACAGCCGAGGCUAACGGGAGAAGGAGCGAGAGAGACCGGCUGGCUGCUGAGGGAAGUGACCGAGCUCCGCAGAGCAGCGCUGGGAUGCGAGUUCAACAAAAAGCGCCUCCGUUAUUUAUCAGACACACAGAAAAUCAAACAGGGCUCUGAUGGGGUCCUCUACUGGAUGUCCCGCGACCAAAGAGUCCAAGAUAACUGGGCAUUGAUCUACGCUCAGCAGCUGGCUCUGGCUGAGAAACUUCCUCUGCACAUCUGCUUCUGUUUGGUGCCUCGAUAUCUGGAUGCGACCUACAGACAGUACGCUUUUAUGCUGAAAGGACUGCAAGAAGUGGCAAAGGAAUGCAAAAGCCUGGAUAUUCAGUUCCAUCUGCUGUCAGGAGAACCUGGACAGAAGCUGCCAAGCUUUGUUAAAAACUGGAAGUUUGGAGCAGUUGUCACUGACUUUAACCCUCUCAGGAUCCCUCUCCAGUGGAUUGAGACGGCUAAGAAACACUUUCCCUCUGAUGUCCCUUUCAUUCAGGUUGAUGCACAUAACGUGGUGCCUUGCUGGGAAGCGUCUGAGAAGCUGGAGUAUGGAGCCAGGACAAUACGAGGCAAAAUCACUAAACUUCUGCCAGAAUUCCUCACAGAGAUUCCUCUCGUGGACACUCAUCCACACUCUGCUUCUCGUACAGCAAAGCCCGUGGACUGGGAGGAGGUGCUGUCGUCUCUUGAGGUGGACCGCGGUGUUGGGGAGGUGGACUGGGCUCAGCCUGGCUCCUGUGGUGGCAUGGCCAUGCUGGAGUCCUUCAUUGACCAACGCCUGCGUCUCUUUGCCACUUACAGGAACAAUCCCAACUGUGACGCCCUCAGCCAUCUCUCCCCCUGGAUCCACGCUGGUCAGUUAUCUGCUCAGCGUGUGGUGAAGCAGGUCAAAGGACAAAAGAACGCCAGCGAGUCUGUGGCGUCUUUUGUUGAGGAGCUGGUGGUGCGCCGGGAGCUCGCCGACAACUUCUGCUUCUACAACCACAACUAUGACAACAUUUCAGGUGCGUAUGAUUGGGCGAAGAAGACGUUGCAGGAUCACGCCAAGGACAGCAGACAGUACCUUUACACAAAAGAGCAGCUGGAGGACGCCAAGACCCAUGACCAGCUGUGGAACGCUGCACAGCGUCAGCUGGUGUUAGAAGGGAAGAUGCAUGGGUUUCUGCGCAUGUACUGGGCAAAGAAGAUCCUGGAAUGGACUGCAUCUCCUGAAGAAGCCCUCUCUAUUGCUAUAUAUCUGAAUGACCGUUUGUCUCUAGACGGCUGCGAUCCCAACGGAUAUGUGGGUUGCAUGUGGUCCGUCUGUGGCAUCCAUGACCAGGGCUGGGCAGAGAGGCCCAUCUUUGGCAAAAUUCGCUAUAUGAAUUAUGCUGGCUGCAAGCGGAAGUUCGAUGUGGCACAGUUUGAGAGGAAGUACGCUGCUUUAAAGGAGGCCUCCAAAAAAGAUACCAAGAAAUCUGUCUAGUUUCAUUGGUCAAAAUCUACUGACUUGCAUAAAAUUUCAGUUCUCAUUGUUUGUACUUGUUUUAGAGAGACUGUAUUUAAGGGGAUUUCUUUUCUGGCGGUCCUUUUUCUGUAGUAAGGGGAAGUUUAUUAAUAAGAUGCUAUAUUUGUUUGUUGGUAUUUUCUGUCUUAUGUGUUUACUUUGAUAUUCUUUUUUUAAUGGAUCAUAGGACCUAUGAGUUUGGUCUGAUGUUACAAAGUUCUCUACGGUCAUGCAUUGCAGACUUCAGAAAUGCAAUGUCUAGAUGUUGCACUGUUGUUUUCUGCAAUUUUUUAUUUUUUUACGUACAAUGGUGAAAGAAUCGAUCAUCAAAAAUAAAAAAUUUUUAAUACACUGCCUUCGAUUUAUAAACUCACUAAAAAUUAUCUCACUAGGGGGCCUCAGUGGACUUCUGAGAGGGCCAGAGGAUGACUUAAAAUGAUAGAAAUUAAUUCAUAUUAAAAUAACUUAAAAUGCUGAAAAAUAAAUAUAUACAGUCAUUUUUAAUAAUAACUAUUAUUUUAUUAAAGCAUUAAGUUCUUGAAAUUGGCCUUUAAAUAUUGUGUUGGACAGUGGAAUGAAACA